AUGUCUACAUUUCUUUUCAACCUUGUUGUGGACUGGAUCAUGCAUCGCACCACUGAAGGUCAGGUAAGGGGAAUCAGAUGGACACCUUUCUCCUACCUGGAAGACCUGGACUACGCAGACGAUCUAGCCUUACUAUCACACACCCACACCCACACCCACACCCACAUACAAGAGAAGACGCAUCGCCUCAACACCUUUGCAAAGCAAGUUGGCCUGAACAUCAGCAGCAAGAAGACUGAAAUUAUGGCACUGAACGCUACCAACACACGACCAGUCCAGAUUGAAAACGAAGAGCUUCCUUACACAGACAGAUUUACCUACCUCGGCAGUAUCAUCAGUAGGGAUGGAGGAACUGACCUGGACAUCCAGAGCCGUCUCAACAAGGCCAGAAAUUCGCUCAAUAUGAUGAAUAAGGUAUGGUGUUCUUCCACCUAUAGUGCUCGUACCAAACUGAAGCUCUAUCAUAGCUGCGUCCUUACAACCCUCCUGUAUGGCUCAGAAUGUUGGCACUUAACGGAGAAGGAUCUAUCAAAACUCUCCACUUUUCACACCAAAAGCCUUCGGCGUAUUUUACGUAUCUUUUGGCCUAAUGUCAUUUCCAACAAAGAUCUUUUUGAAUGGUGUGGAACCGAAUCAAUGGCUACCAUCCUGAUGAGGAGACAAUGGAGGUGGAUUGGCCAUGUCACCCGCCAAGAAGCUUCCAUUGCAAAAACUGCUAUGCAUUGGACGCCAGAAGGGAAACGCAAGUGGGGUCACCCCAAGAUCACAUGGUGA